GCCCGCCUGGAUAUUUUUUGUUAUUUUUAUUUUGGGCCCGACCGCAGAUGGUCGCAAAAAUGAGGAACGGAUAGAGAUCUUCUUUUCGCCUUCCACCUCGAAGCCAGUGCUACAGACGUAAACCUCGAAUGUCAAUCAUGCUAACAUCUCCUUGACUGAGUACCGACCUCAAUUCCCUUCCUGUCCUCCGAACCUAUGGACGCCCACGCACACCUCCUCUCCCUGGGCUGGGCAGGACCCGGCCACUCCCUCGAUUCACAACCAUACAAGCAGAAAGGCCAUCGUGGUCUAGCCUACGACCCAGCCAAAGUCGGCAAUAAUGGCGUCGGCCUCGUCAAACCGCUUCUCGUAUCGCAACGUAAAGGCCGCUUGGGUAUCGGCAAAAAGGCCCACGAACCACAAGCCGGAAAUGAAUGGUGGCUCAAAGGCUUCGAAAGCGCACUGGGCAACAUCGGCAAAACCGAGAGUGAACGAAGUAGUGGCACGUCAACGCCCGUUGUGCACGAAUACACCACGCGCAAACACAGCGGGCUGUACACGUUCUUCAUUAAGGGUCAGCAGAUGGAAGGAACGUUGGGCAAACUCGAGGAGUUGAAAAGAUCGAGUACCAAACGGAAGAGCGAUGUAUUUGAAACCGAUGACGGGGUAUCGUCGAAGAAGAAAAAGCAAAAGACCGAUCCAGCUACCGAGUUUGAGACGGUAGGCGAGUAUAUCGCGUUGCGGGACAAGGAUGAAAAACGUCGGGACCGAACAGAGAAACCUAGUCCCGUCGAAGAGUUCAAGCAGGUCAGCGAGUACCUUGAGGCGCGGUCGGAUAAGAAGAAAAGGAAGCGAAAUUCGGAGGUGCAGGACGCGGAAACGAGCACGCCAGUGAUUGAAGACCAACAUGGCGAGACCAAAGAACAGCGACGAGAACGGCGGCGUAAAAGGAAAGAGGAGAAAGAGCGGCAGCGGCAGGAAGAGGGUGGUCAGGUCGCCGAUUCCACUGAGACUGAAGAUGCCGCUGUAAAAGCCGCUCGACGAGCAGAGCGGAAGAAGAGAAAGGCCGAAAAAGCUGCCAAACAGUGAAAGUAAUGAGUGAUCUGUAUGAUUGAUGAAUGAUGAUUUCUGUGCCAUGACA